GAGUUGACUUCAAAAUCAAGACAGUAGAGCUUAGAGGGAAGAAGAUCAGACUACAGAUAUGUGUUUCCUCCAAAGGGGCUACAAGCAGAGGGGACUACAAUGACAACCUGGUGAAUGCAGACUAGAUGGAGUAAAACAUCAAGCACGGCGCAGGAUGCGCAUCCCCAGUCCAACAAGGAAGAAGGUAAAGCAACCUGGCUGUUUUUCUGGUUUCGCAUGUGAGAGAUUUUCCGCGCUGCUGUGGAUUGAUCGUUUCCUUCAUCGCCCUCCUGCUGCCGGUGUCGGUGUAUAAUGGAGAGCUCCAAUGGCUCUGGCAGCGACACCAAACCGCAGAACCACCAGUUGGAGAAGAAGAGACUGAACCGAGCGCCCUCCCCGGCCAGACCUUUCAUCAAGGAUGUGCACUCUCGCUCCACCAAACCACCUGCCAUCAUACCAAAAUCGCCCAAACUCAGCAAGCAGCCGCAGUCUGCCUCAGUGCCCUUGGUCCAUCCGAACCGCAGCUCCAGACGCAAUACAACCGGGGCCAAAGAGAAAACAGCCACGGCAAAAAGUAACACCAAGUCUUCUCUCGCAAAAAAGCCCGUAAAGCAGCAUGCAGCGGCCGAGCCCAAACCCGCUGGCAUCAAAGCGGACAGCACCAGCAGUCCGAUCCUCGCCAAAGGCAAGAAGGGGAAACUAGCCUCGGGCUCCCCAGGCCCUCUCAGCCAUGGAUCCCCGAUCCGGGUACCGACCGCAGCGCCUCUGGGCCGGGUCAGCCAGACUGACAGCAGCUCAGACCUGUCAGACUGUCCGUCUGAGCCUCUGUCUGACGAGCAAAGGCUGGCACCGGCCGCUAGUAGCGACGCCGAGUCCGGUACCGGCUCCAGUGACCGGGAUCAGGUGGGAGGCGAUAAUCCGCUGCGGACUGAAGCGACCGGAACGGCUGCUGUCGCUCCAUUGCGCACAACCGAGGCUUCCGCCGCGAAGGGAAGCAUGUCUCAGGCUCAGCCCGCUCAGGGGGCGCACGGAGAGAAACGCAAGCAGGAGAAACCCUCAUCAGGCUCCCAAUUCAGACUGCCAGGCACCAAGAAUGUAACUGAGGAGGACCUGCUGCGGGAGGUGGAAGAUUUGAGAUCUGAAAACGACUACCUCAAGGAUGAAGUGGACGAGCUGCGGGCGGAGAUGGAGGAGGUGCGAGAUAGCUACCUGGAGGAGGAGGUCUACCAGCUGCAGGAGCUGAGGAGGGACCUGGACCGCUCAAACAAGAACUGCCGCAUCCUUCAAUACCGCCUGCGGAAGGCAGAGCAGAAGAGCCUGCGGGUUGCACAGACCGGCCACGUGGACGGAGAGCUUCUCCGUAGUCUGGAGCAGGACUUGAAGGUGGCUAAAGAUGUGUCGGUACGUUUGCACAACGAGUUGGAGAGCGUGGAGGACAAACGCAGCAGAGCUGACGAUGAGAACGAGCUUCUCAGACAGAAGAUCAUCGAGGUGGAGAUCUCCAAACAGGCGCUGCACAACGAACUGGAGAGGACCAAAGAGACUGUACUGAGAAGACGAGGUAGCAGGGAAACAUUUAAAGACAAGAAGUCCACAACUCAGGAUGACAGUGCAGACCUCAGGUGCCAGCUUCAGUUUGCUAAGGAAGAGUCCAGCCUGAUGAGAAAAAAGAUGGCAAAGCUGGGCCGGGAGAAGGACGAACUGGAGCAAGAGCUGCAGAAAUACAAGUCAGUUUAUGGGGACGUGGACAGUCCCCUUCCCCUGGCUGAGUGCUCUGGUGGUGGUCCUCACACCACUCGAGAGGCUGAGCUACGAUUACGGCUCAAGCUGGUGGAGGAGGAGGCCAACAUCCUGGGCAGAAAGAUUGUAGAGCUGGAAGUGGAGAACCGCAGCCUACGGGCAGAAAACGAAGACAUUCGGUGUCAGUAUGAAAGAGACUGCUUUGGGCGGGAACCCUUCUCCAGCAUGCCCUCGUCGCCAUACGGUGGUGAUGCGCUGGAUUCGGCAAGUGAGCUUCGUCGCCAUCUACAAUUUGUGGAGGAGGAGGCUGAGCUGCUGCGCCGCUCCAUCUCAGAGAUUGAGGACCACAACAGGCAGCUGACAUCUGAACUCAAUCGCUUCAAAUUUGGCCCCUGCAGCAGCUCUGUUGGCGAGGAGGGUAGUGAGGGAGGAUUAUUUAAAACUGGGAAUGGGGGAAAUGGUAAUGGCUCCAGCAGCGGGGUGAUGAUGGAUGAGCUUAAAUCAGCCAGGAUGCAGAUCAAUGAGCUAAGUGGAAAGGUGAUGAAGCUGCAGUACGAGAACCGAGUCCUCAUGUCCAACGUCCAGCGCUGCGACCUGGCUGCACACCUGGGCCUCCGCAACAGCAGCCCUCGAGACAGCGACGCAGAGAGUGAUGCAGGCCGGCGAGAAGCUGCUGAGGAAGAAGAGGCAGGGCAACUUCUUCUCCUUCACCCCAAGAGGGAGGGCCCUAUUGGUGGCGAGAGUGACUCUGAAGACCUGUUUGAGAAAACGGCAACCACCUCAGGGUUGGGAAGCAUAAAACCCUCAGAUGGCAGUGAGCUCAGCGCCACUGAAUUGGCCAACCACAGGAGGGAAGAACGGGAGUCGUUCACAAAUGUGAAACGUGAGGCGGAAAGGCUUGGGAAGACGGUGGACCGUCUGAUCACGGACACCGACAGUUUGAUCUUUGACGGCAGGCUACUGGUGACAACAGGAGAGAGCCUGGAAGGAGAUGCAGCGUCUGGAUCCAAACCAGACACACAGGUCCUAGACACCAUCAACACUCGCAUGAAGGCUUUCAGCACUGAGCUACACAUCUUCAUGGAAAAGCUGGACCAUGUAGGGGAGGGGCUGAGAGAAAGGACAGACGAUCUGUCACCUAUGCCAAAUCUCACAGAGUCAAGCAGCUUCCUGUCAACAGUCACAUCCAUGUCCCGUGACUCUCCCAUUGGCACCUUUGGAAGAGACCUGGUAACGGACUUCCAGAUGUUUCAGCCCAUGAUUUUGUUCAUCCUCACUCUCGUUUCUUUCAUCACUCUCAUACGGCGUCAUCUUUAAGUUGGUCUUUCUCUUUGCGCUUUUCUUCGUACUCUAGUCCGUUUGUUCUUCUCCACACCUUGUAGUCUGUUAGUUAACCCCCCCCCCCCCCCGCUUUUAUAUUUUCACCUAUUUUCUGUUUUAUUUUUGUUUUUCCCGUUCCUCUUUUCUUUGUCCCCUCAACCCUUUGUUGUCUUCUGUCUGUUUUGUCCACAAUCCACCUCAAACAUCCCUAAUACCACCACCACUUCCUGCACCCCUGUGUCCUGCUCUUGUCACCCAUCUUCCUAACCCCUUACACCCACCAUCCACACACCUCACCCCCUUUCCCUCCCCUUCCCCACCCCACGUCACUCACAGUCCGGUCAGAGGGAUGAGCUGGAGUGGCGUCUAGGACAGGAGCGUGGCGUGGAGCCCCAGAGC